ACCGGAAGUGUGCGCAGCAGCAGCGGGUCCCCAGCAAAUCGCCGGAAGUAGCAAUUGCUAGAGGAGGAGUCCGCCGGCUUCGUUAUGGCGGCCAUUCCCCCAGACUCCUGGCAGCCGCCCAACGUUUACUUGGAGACCAGCAUGGGAAUCAUUGUCCUGGAGCUGUACUGGAAGCAUGCUCCGAAGACCUGUAAGAACUUCGCUGAGUUGGCUCGUCGAGGUUACUACAAUGGCACCAAAUUCCACAGAAUUAUCAAAGAUUUCAUGAUCCAGGGCGGUGACCCAACAGGGACAGGUCGAGGUGGUGCAUCUAUCUAUGGCAAACAGUUUGAAGAUGAACUUCAUCCAGACUUGAAGUUCACUGGGGCUGGAAUUCUUGCAAUGGCCAAUGCAGGGCCAGACACCAAUGGCAGCCAGUUCUUUGUGACUCUUGCCCCCACCCAGUGGCUUGAUGGCAAACACACCAUUUUUGGCCGAGUGUGCCAAGGCAUAGGAAUGGUAAAUCGAGUGGGAAUGGUGGAAACAAACUCCCAGGACCGCCCUGUGGACGACGUGAAGAUCAUCAAGGCAUACCCUUCUGGGUAGACUCGCUGCCUCGCAGGCAAAGCCAAGUCUUCUGCUGUGGCCCCAUCAAACCAGCUUCCAGGUGACAUGUAACUCAGCUUAAUUUUGGCCUUGAAUAUAUUGGCUCUAAGAAAGCCUGGGGCCUUGGGUGAGUUAGGAUUGAAGUGUACUUUAAUAGAAUGCUUCUCUUUCUUCACCUAGUGCCUGGACUGACGGGGCAUUCGGAGAAAUGCCUCCAUGUUUAUUUACAGGUUUCUGCCCCCUGUGGAUGACCCAUACUUCUCCUUGCUGUGCAUGUCUGCUCUAAUACACUUGGAACAAAAUGAAGCAGGCUGUGUCAUCUCACAGAGCCUAAACAAACUUGUUCUUGAAGAGAUUUAUAUUCUGGCCUACACUGCAGUCUCUGGUAGCUGACAGCCACAGAAUUCAAACCGAGUAGUGUCUGUCAGCCCUGUUAACCCUGCACACCCCAUCUUCGUCUCCUACAUUUGUUCUUCCAGGGAACGUAUGCGUCUCUCUGUUUUCCCUCUCAGAACCAGAACAUCAACACUGCUGUUUCUUAUGCUUAAACAUCCCACGCAAAGCCACAUUGAAUUUUUGCCAAAUGAAAAAUGCAUCCAACAAUCAAGUUUCUAAGAAGGUGCCAAGUGAGGAAUGAUAAUGUUUAAUAAUUGAGAAAGGAAUUUAUUAGAAGGAAGCUGAGGCAUUGCCCAUUUUUUCCCCAGAAGGAGAAGAAGUCUGUAGUGAGCACAGGACGGACCGCAUUUUCCUUAGAGCAGCACCCUCCAAGAAAAGCACCGCUUAUGUUUUUAACCUAAGACUUUAGAGAAAUCGGAUGAGAGAUUUUUGUACUUUUUUUUUUUUAAAUCUUUUAUGAGUUUUGGGGUAGGAGUAGGGGUGAGAGGAAGUAAAUACCUAUGUAAUACAUAGAAAUUUCCAAAUAAAAUGCUAUUGGUGGUUAAUCGUG